GUCGAAUAUAGAAUUCCAAUUUAAAGAAGCUCGUCCCUCCUCUGAGUUAUCCCUUCAGAAUUGAAAGGAAAAUGGAUUUUGUUGAGGAGAUUCACUGUGUUGAAUCCGACGCCGAGACCUACGACUCGGACGAUACGCAAAAUGAUCCAGAUUUCGACAUGCUUGAAGAUACAAAAUUGCAGUUUUCUAACAUCUCCAUCAGUAAGAAAACCAAGCCCAGGGUAUGCAUUUCCAAUGAUAGUGAUGGAGAAGAGGCAGGCUCCAUUGAAAUCGAUGAGACAGAGCUUGAUGAGAAUGAUCAGAAGAGUUACGAGAAAGUUCAGAACAUGAUUCAAGCUGGCGAGGUUGAAAGGCUAAAAGUUGAUCAAUGCAAGAUCUAUUUAAGAAAGCACAAAUUAAGAUUGACUGGAAACAAAGCUACCCUUAUUCAACGUAUCAAGGAGCAUAUUGAUAUUGUGAAUGGAGGUGGGGAGAAGAAGUACCCUGUAUCUAGUUUUGUAUUGAACUGCAAAGGUGAUGCAUGUACGGGAGAUGUUGUCUUCUUUGAACAAAAUGUAUAUGAAAUGUUCAGCAUUGCAUCAAGGAGUGCUAAUGGUCCUCCAUGCGGCAAAAGGGUUGUAGCAGGAAGAAUUGUAAAAGAGAGCUAUGGAAUGGCCAAACAACAGCACACAUUCACUAUUGAAGUACUAUGGAGCAAAGGGGAGAAGCCGCUUCCUGCAUUGCAUCCCCUCCUCAUUAAGGGAAGAAACCUUUAUCGCUUAAAAACAAUGAGACAGAGAUGGGAAGAUGAAGGAAUAAGGCAGAAGAUUUUGUCAGAAAAACACACAAGAGGCUGUGUUGCUCGAGCGAAUAGGGAAGCACGCGUUGAAAAAAAGAAAAUGCGACAGGAGCUCAAGUUGAACAGGGUGAAGCAUGACAAGAAUGGUACCAUGUUAAAAAACAAGCAAGAGCAAACUCCUCUACAGAAUGAAGGGGAAAAUAAUUUGCCACAGCCUUUAUACAGAGGGCCGAGCACGUUAGGUGUUGCAAGUAUGCCAUCUCAACACGACAGGCUUCAUCGACCUUUGCCUUAUGCAAACGUGAUAAAUGGACAGUGUGGCUCUAAACAACCUUUGAAGGGGCAACACAAUCAAAGGCAACCUUUGAGUGAUGCUAAUUUGAACGCUAAUUUGAACUCUUUGGCAAACUAUGGCAGCAGUUACAAGCCAGGGAGAAUGUGGCAUGAAAAUAGAAUAAAUCAAAGUAACGAAGCGGGGGCAAACUACUUCCUGCCAGAUCCUCCCCCUCUUCACAGUUGGAACUUGGGUUAUGAUGGAAAUCCUUAUCCAGCUAGAGGAGGUCAGGCAAUGAAGCAACAGCCUUGUUGGCAUUAUGCUCAAGGAAGAUGUUACUAUGGACACAAUUGCAAGUACUUGCACUGAUAUGAUAAUGCACCCAUGAGAGAAUAUUAGAACCGCUUUUUUGUUGGGGUUUAUAAGGAGUCUUUGUUGAGGCCAGUAAAGAUUGAUGAUGAUGAGUAAAAGCUCUCUCUCUUGGGAACUUUUCUUUUUCUCUUGGCAUUUUUGAUGAUGAAUCUAAAGCUUGCGCAGCUUUAGAUUCAUGUUGUGACCUUUCUAGAAUGUAUAAACGUACCCGUAAUGCAUGAGGUACAACCGUACAAGGACACAAAAUCAGGUCUAUGUUUGAUGUUCCCUCCUAAGGUAAGGUAUACGGAGUAUUUUAUUAUGUAAUAACAAUAAUAAAAAUAAUAGUAAUUAUUAUCAUUAUUUAUGUAUA